ACUUUUUCGGACAUUGAGGCCGAGAGCAGAGCGGUUCUGUUCACCGGAAAAUUGAAAGCCCAGACGGACGGGAAAUCCUCUCUCUCUCUCUCUCUCUCUCUCUCUCUCUCUGGUUCAAGAACCCUUCACUGGACGAAGAACCCUUGACUUCAUAAACCCUAAAUUUCUCACUCGAUUCAAUUCUCUCAGUAAAUUCUUCCCUUGCCCGUUCCUCUUCCUCCCCACCCUUCUCUCAGUCUCGUGCCAUGCUGCUGGCAGUUUAUUGCGAUCGAGAGCUUCACGGCGGUGCCCCUGUAUAGCUGCCCGGCGAGGGACUUCAGGGACUGCUAUCCAACGUUCGAUCCUGCUGGGGCUUCGGAAAGCUAGGGUUUUUAUGGUUUCUUCCCUCCUGGAAUUACUAAACCAUGGGUCCAAUUCAGAAUUUCGAGUCGCAUUCGCGGCAGCUGCUGGACCCCGAUGUCAGCGUCUCUCCUGGGCUAACACCAAUGCAGGCGAGGCACAAUCUCGCAGUGGAGGUACGGGACAGCCUCGAGAUAGCCCAUACGGCGGAAUAUCUGAAUUUUCUAAAGUGGUACUUCCAGGCGUUCUCCAUGAUAUUAUUAAAAAUCACGAAACCACAAUCCAGUGAUAAUACGGAGCACAAGCUUCGUAAUGUGAUAGUGGAAAUACUGAACCGUCUGCCGCACAGUGAAGUCCUGCGGCCAUUCGUUCAGGACCUACUGAAGGUUGCCAUGCAAGUUCUCACUACUGACAACGAGGAGAACGGCUUAAUCUGCAUUAGGAUUAUAUUUGAUUUGCUGAGAAAUUUUAGGCCGACUUUAGAAACUGAGGUGCAGCCAUUUCUAGACUUUGUGUGCAAGAUUUACCAGAAUUUCAGUGCGACUGUCAGCCAUUUCUUUGAGAGCGGAGCAGUGAAAAGUGAAGAUGUCCGCCCAAUGGAUACUUCUGAUCAAGGAAUUUCUCCUCCUGGUACUGUGUACAGUGGAACUGGAGAGCUAAACCCAAGCACUCGGUCCUUCAAGAUAGUCACAGAAAGUCCACUUGUGGUCAUGUUUUUAUUUCAAUUAUAUGGCCGGCUUGUGCAGACAAAUAUACCUCACUUGUUGCCUCUGAUGGUUGCUGCUAUAUCUGUUCGUGGUCCUGAAAAGGUUCCUCCCCAUCUAAAACCUCAUUUCCUUGAGCUAAAGGGUGCUCAGGUUAAGACUGUUUCUUUUCUGACUUAUUUGCUGAAGAGUUUUGCGGAUUAUAUUAGACCACAUGAGGAAAGCAUAUGUAGAAGUAUUGUGAACCUGCUUGUAACGUGUUCCGAUUCUGUAUCUACCAGAAAGGAAUUGUUAGUUGCGUUAAAGCACGUUCUGGGGACGGAUUUUAAGAGGGGCUUAUUUCCUCUAAUUGACACACUUUUGGAAGAGAGAGUGCUAGUAGGACCUGGUCGGGCAUGCUUUGAGACCUUGAGGCCAUUAGCUUAUAGUUUACUGGCAGAGAUUGUGCAUCAUGUUCGUGGGGAUCUCUCCCUCUCACAGUUAUCGCGGAUUAUAUACUUAUUCUCAAGCAACAUGCACGAUGCCUCACUGUCACUUAGCAUUCAUACAACGUGUGCUAGGCUGAUGUUGAAUCUGGUGGAGCCAAUUUUUGAGAAAGGUGUUGAUCAGCCAUCUAUGGAUGAAGCCCGUAUAUUACUGGGACGUAUACUGGAUGCAUUUGUCGGGAAGUUCAGUACUUUCAAGCGUACCAUUCCCCAGUUGUUGGAGGAAGGGGAAGAUGGAAAGGAACGAGCAACUUUGAAGGCUAAACUUGAACUUCCAGUACAGGCAGUUCUCAAUAUGCAGGUUCCUAUAGAGCAUGCAAAGGAGGUGAAUGAUUGUAAGCAUUUGAUUAAGACAUUGGUGAUGGGAAUGAAGACAAUUAUAUGGAGUAUAACUCAUGCCCAUAUCCCUAGACCUCAGGUUUCUUCUUCUGCACAUGGAACUCAUCAACAGGUGCUUGUUUCACCUUCUACCAGUAUGCCAGCAUCGCAAGGUUUUAAAGGGAUGCGAGAAGAUGAGGUAUCAAAAGCUGCCGGUGUUCUAAAGAGUGGUGUUCAUUGCUUGGCCCUCUUCAAAGAGAAGGAUGAGGAAAGGGAAAUGCUCCACCUGUUCUCUCAGAUAUUGGCAAUCAUGGAACCUCGGGAUCUUAUGGACAUGUUCUCUCUGUGCAUGCCUGAGCUUUUUGAGUGCAUGAUCUCAAACACUCAAUUGGUUCAUAUAUUCUCUACUCUCCUGCAAGCAAAUAAAGUGUACCGGCCAUUUGCUGAUGUUUUGGUCAAUUUCCUUGUGAGUAGCAAACUUGAUGUCUUGAAGAAUCCUGAUUCACCAGCUGCAAAGCUGGUGUUGCAGCUCUUUUGGUUCAUAUUUGGUGCUGUUGCCAAAGCUCCAGCAGAGUUCGAGAGGAUCCUACAGCCUCAUGUUCCUGUCAUAAUGGAAACUUGCAUAAAAAGCGCGACUGAAGUGGAAAAGCCUCUUGCUUAUAUGCAACUUCUUCGAAUGAUGUUUCGGCCGCUUUCAGGAUGCAAAUUUGAACUCCUACUCCGAGAAUUGGUUCCUAUGUUGCAACCUUGCUUGAACAUGCUUUUAACUAUGCUGGAGGGUCCCACUGGAGAAGAUAUGAGGGACCUGUUGCUGGAGCUAUGCUUGACUUUGCCUGCACGAUUGAGCUCGUUAUUGCCUUAUUUAACUCGGCUUAUGAAGCCUCUGGUUUGGUGUCUCAAGGGAAGCGAUGACUUAGUCAGUUUGGGUUUGAGGACACUCGAGUUCUGGGUUGAUAGUCUGAAUCCUGAUUUCCUGGAACCUAGUAUGGCUAACGUAAUGUCUGAGGUUAUCUUAGCCUUGUGGUCUCACUUGAGACCUCCACCUUAUCCUUGGGGUGGAAAGUCACUGCAACUCCUUGGCAAGUUGGGUGGUCGCAAUAGGCGUUUCCUCAAAGAGCCCCUUGCCCUCGAGUGCAAGGAUAAUCCAGAACACGGGCUUCGUUUGAUUCUUACUUUUGAACCCCAAACGCCAUUUCUGGUUCCUUUGGAUCGGUUUAUAAAUCUUGCAGUAGCAGCUGUUAUGAACAAAAAUGGCGGAAUUGAUGCCUUCUACAGGAAGCAAGCUUUGAAAUUUCUUCGCGUUUGCCUAUCAUCUCAGCUUAAUUUGCCUGGAAAUGUUGCUGAUGAGGGCUAUACUCCCAAGCAGUUGUCCACCUUAUUGGUGUCUAACGUUGAUGCUUCUUGGCGGAGGUCUGAGUCCUUGGAUAUAAAGGCAGACUUAGGGGUGAAGACGAAGACUCAACUUAUGGCUGAAAAGUCUGUCUUCAAGAUUCUCUUGAUGACCAUUAUUGCUGCCAGUGCAGAACCUGAUCUACAUGAUCCCAAAGAUGACUUCCUAUCUAGCAUUUGUCGCCACUUUGCGAUGAUAUUUUAUAUUGACCACUUGUCAAGUAAUCCUGCUGCCGGGGCUCCUAGCAUUUCGUCAACUGCCAGUGUCAGCACCAGAUCAAGGAGUAGCGGUUCUAACUUGAAAGAAUUGGAUCCCUUGAUAUUUUUGGACGCUCUCGUUGAUGUUCUCGCCGAUGAAAACAGGCUUCGUGCCAAAGCUGCCGUUAGUGCGUUGAAUGUGUUUGCUGAAACUCUCCUCUUUCUUGCUCGUACAAAACAUGCUGAUGUUAUGAUGUCUAGAGCAGGACCUAGUACCCCGAUGAUUGUUUCUAGCCCAUCAAUGAAUCCUGUCUACUCUCCACCACCUAGUGUUAGGAUUCCCGUCUUUGAGCAACUGCUGCCUCGUCUCUUGCAUUGUUGCUAUGGGAACACUUGGCAAGCACAGAUGGGCGGCGUGAUGGGACUCAGUGCAUUGGUUGGAAAAGUGACUGUUGAGACUUUGUGCCUUUUCCAAGUUAAAAUUGUGCGGGCUCUGGUGUAUGUUCUUAAGAAGCUUCCCACUUAUGCGACAAAGGAGCAAGAAGAGACUAGUCAAGUGCUUACACAAGUCCUUCGCGUAGUGAAUAAUGUUGAUGAUGCGAACAGUGAACCACGGAAGCAGAGUUUUCAAGGGGUGGUUGAAUUCCUUGCUCAAGAGUUAUUUAAUUCCAAUGCAUCUUUAACUGUGAGAAAGAACGUGCAGUCUUGUUUGGCUCUGUUGGCCAGUCGGACUGGUAGUGAGGUAUCAGAGCUGCUUGAACCGCUUUAUCAACCUCUUCUUCAGCCCCUUAUAGUGCGGCCACUUCGUUCUAAGACUAUUGAUCAACAGGUGGGAACCGUUACUGCUUUAAAUUUUUGCUUGGCAUUGAGGCCUCCUCUUCUGAAGCUGACUCAGGAGUUGGUUAGCUUUCUUCAAGAAGCUCUACAAAUCGCAGAGGCUGAUGAAAAUGUCUGGGUUGUGAAGUUCAUGAACCCGAAAGUUGCUACAUCUCUAAACAAACUUCGCACUGCUUGCAUUGAGCUAUUGUGCACCACGAUGGCAUGGGCAGAUUUCAAAACACCAAAUCAUUCCGAAUUACGUGCUAAGAUUAUAUCUAUGUUUUUCAAGUCGUUGACGUGUAGGACGCCAGAGAUUGUUGCUGUUGCAAAGGAAGGUCUCCGGCAGGUUAUCAAUCAGCAACGGAUGCCUAAAGAACUUCUGCAAAGCAGCCUCAGGCCUAUAUUGGUCAAUUUGGCCCAUACCAAAAAUCUUAGUAUGCCCCUCCUGCAAGGCUUGGCUCGCCUCCUUGAGCUUUUAUCCAAUUGGUUCAAUGUCACUUUGGGCGGCAAGCUGUUAGAGCACCUAAAGAAAUGGUUGGAACCUGAGAAACUUGCACAAAGUCAGAAAUCAUGGAAGGCUGGUGAAGAACCGAAAAUUGCUUCUGCCAUAAUUGAACUUUUCCACCUGCUUCCAAAUGCUGCUUCUAAGUUCCUUGAUGAACUUGUUACCUUGACCAUUGAUUUGGAAGGGGCCCUUCCUCCGGGACAAGUGUAUAGUGAAAUUAACAGCCCCUACCGCUUGCCGCUCACAAAGUUCCUGAACAAAUAUGCAGCACAGGCCGUUGAUUAUUUUCUUGCCCGACUAGGUCAGCCCAAAUAUUUUCGGCGGUUUAUGUAUAUAAUUCGUUCUGAUGCGGGCCAAACUUUGCGAGAUGAACUUGCAAAGUCGCCGCAGAAAAUACUUGCGAAUGCUUUUCCUGAAUUCAUGCCAAAAUCUGAACCUGCAACCGGCCCUGGUUCCACUGCAACCCCAGCUGCAGGAGGUGAUGAAGGAGGAGCUGCUCCCCCGCCUGAUGGUUCUAAGUUACCAGCUUCUGGCCCUGCUUCAACUUCUGAUGGGUAUUUUCAGGGUCUGGCUCUUAUAAAAACACUGGUGAAAUUAAUACCUGGUUGGUUGCAGAGUAAUAGGAUUGUCUUUGAUACUCUGGUACAUAUAUGGAAAUCACCUGCGAGAAUAGCUCGAUUGCGAAAUGAACAGGAGUUGGAUUUGGUGCAAGUAAAAGAAAGCAAAUGGCUUGUCAAGUGCUUCUUGAACUACCUGCGGCAAGGCAAUACUGAAUUAAAUGUUCUUUUUGACGUUCUCUCCAUCUUCCUGUUCCACACUCGCAUUGACUUCACUUUUCUGAAGGAAUUUUACAUCAUCGAGGUUGCGGAAGGCUAUCCACCUGCUAUGAAGAAGUCAAUUCUCCUGCAUUUUCUGAACCUUUUCCAAUCGAAACAAUUAGGACACAGUCACUUGGUGGUGGUAAUGCAGAUGCUCAUUCUUCCUAUGCUUGCGCAUGCUUUUCAGAAUGGCCAAACCUGGGAAGUCAUUGAUGCUGGCAUCAUAAAAACAAUUGUCGAGAAGCUUCUUGAUCCUCCUGAAGAGGUUUCUGCUGAGUAUGAUGAACCUCUUAGAAUAGAGCUUCUGCAGCUUGCCACAUUACUACUUAAAUAUCUCCAAACUGAUCUCGUCCAACAUAGGAAAGAACUCAUCAAGUUUGGCUGGAAUCAUCUCAAACGAGAGGAUAGUGCCAGUAAGCAGUGGGCCUUUGUCAAUGUUUGCCAUUUUCUGGAGGCUUAUCAGGCCCCGGAAAAGAUAAUACUCCAGGUUUUUGUUGCACUUCUUAGAACGUGCCAACCAGAAAAUAAGAUGUUGGUCAAGCAGGCUCUUGAUAUUUUAAUGCCUGCACUACCCCGAAGGUUGCCUCAGGAUCCUCGCAUGCCUAUCUGGAUAAGAUACACAAAGAAGAUACUUGUUGAGGAAGGCCACUCAAUUCCUAAUCUUAUUCAUAUUUUCCAACUCAUUGUCCGCCACUCAGAUCUCUUCUACAGCUGCAGAGCACAGUUUGUGCCUCAGAUGGUAAAUUCUCUAAGCCGCCUGGGGCUUCCUUACAAUACUACUUCAGAGAAUCGGCGCCUUGCAAUUGAACUUGCUGGCUUGGUGGUUGGGUGGGAAAGGCAGAGGCAGAAUGAGAUGAAAGUGGUAGCUGAUCCUGAUGCGCCUGCUCAAAACAGCGAGGGACUUAGUAAUGCUAUUGCCCCAGAUCCCAAACGUCCAGUGGAUGGGCCCGCAUUUUCAGAUGACCUGUCUAAGCGGGUAAAGGUGGAGCCUGGCCUACAAGCAAUCUGUGUCAUGUCCCCAGGAGGGCCCUCGUCUAUCCCGAAUAUAGAGACUCCCGGGCCCAGUGGUCAGCCUGAUGAAGAGUUUAAGCCAAAUGCCGCUAUGGAGGAGAUGAUUAUCAACUUUCUCAUCAGGGUUGCCUUAGUGAUAGAGCCUAAGGACAAGGAAGCGAGCAACAUGUACAAGCAAGCUUUAGAACUCCUUUCACAGGCUUUGGAGGUCUGGCCAAAUGCCAAUGUCAAGUUCAAUUAUCUCGAGAAGCUGCUCAGCAGUAUACAACCUUCUCAGUCAAAGGACCCUUCAACAGCUCUGGCUCAGGGUUUAGAUGUGAUGAACAAGGUUUUGGAGAAACAGCCACACUUAUUCAUCAGGAACAACAUCAAUCAGAUUUCUCAAAUUCUUGAACCCUGCUUCAAAUACAAGAUGUUGGAUGCUGGGAAGUCACUAUGCUCCUUACUGAAGAUGGUUUUCAUUGCUUUUCCAUUGGAUGUUCCUACGACUCCCCAGGAUGUGAAGCUUUUAUAUCAGAAAGUUGAUGAGCUGAUACAGAAGCACAUAAGUGCUGUCACUUCUGUUCAGGCAACUGUUGAAGAUAACUCUUCCAAUUCAAUCAGCUUCGUGUUGCUUGUCAUGAAAACCUUAAAUGAGGUGCAUAAGAACUUUACUGAUCCCCAUAUCUUGGUCCGCAUCCUUCAAAGACUGGCGCGGGAUAUGAGUUCCUCUGCUGGGUCCCAUUUGAAACAGGGUCAAAGAACGGAUGCAGACUCUGCAGUUACCUCUUCACGUCAAGGUGCUGAUGUUGGGGCGGUCAUCUCGAACCUGAAAUCAGCUCUGAAACUUAUUAACGAGAGAGUCAUGCUUGUUCCUGACUGUAAGAGGUCUACAAUCCAGACUUUGAAUGUCCUCUUAUCAGAGAAGGGAACAGAUCCAAGUGUUCUGCUCUGUAUACUUGAUGUAAUCAAGGGGUGGAUUGAAGACGACUUCAACAAAAUGGGCUCGAGUGCAUUUCUUUCUUCGAAGGAAAUAGUUGCUUUUCUUCAGAAGCUCUCACAGGUGGAUAAGCAGAAUUUCUCUCCAAGUGCUCUUGAGGAAUGGGAUAGUAAAUACCUCCAGCUUCUUUAUGGAAUUUGUUCUAAUGAGGCCAAGUAUCCAUUAGCCUUACGCCAAGAGGUGUUUCAGAAGGUAGAGAGACAAUACAUGCUGGGUCUGAGAGCAAGGGAUCCAGAAAUGAGAAAAAAGUUCUUUGCACUUUACAAUGAAUCUAUCGGGAAAACACUGUUUGCGAGGCUACAGUAUAUUAUUCAGAUUCAGGACUGGGAAGCUCUGGGAGAUGUUUUCUGGCUCAAACAAGGUCUUGAUCUCCUUCUUGCAAUACUAGUGGUGGACAAACCUAUUACACUCGCUUCAAAUUCUGCCAGGGUUUCUCCUCUCGUGUCUAGUUCUUCUCCUGAUGAUUCUACGACUACACAGCCCAUGGUCACUGAUGUUCCAGAGGGCUCUGAAGAUGCUCCUUUAACAUUUGACGGGCUGGUUCUUAAGCAUGCCAAAUUUCUCAAUGAGAUGAGUAAGCUUCAGGUGGCGGAUCUUGUUGUUUCCCUGAGAGAGCUUGCUCAUACCGAUCCGAAUGUUGCAUACCAUUUGUGGGUGCUUGUGUUUCCUAUUGUCUGGGUAACUCUACACAAAGAAGAACAGGUAACUUUGGCUAAGCCCAUGAUCACUCUAUUAUCAAAGGACUACCACAAGAAGCAGCAAACGAGCAGACCAAACGUCGUGCAAGCACUUUUAGAAGGACUUCAGUUGAGCCAUCCUCAGCCUCGAAUGCCCAGUGAACUGAUUAAGUACAUUGGCAAAACUUACAAUGCUUGGCAUAUUGCGCUGGCCCUUUUAGAAAGCCAUGUUAUGCUAUUCAUGAAUGAGACCAAAUGCUCUGAAUCUCUUGCUGAGCUCUACCGUUUACUGAAUGAGGAGGACAUGAGAUGUGGUCUGUGGAAAAAGAGAUCUGUUACAGCAGAAACAAAGGCAGGACUUUCUUUAGUUCAACAUGGUUACUGGAAUCGGGCUCAGAGCCUCUUUUAUCAAGCUAUGGUGAAGGCAACUCAGGGAACUUAUAAUAACACUGUCCCCAAGGCAGAGAUGUGUUUAUGGGAAGAGCAGUGGCUUCAUUGUGCUACUCAGCUGAGUCAGUGGGAUGCCCUUGUGGACUUUGGAAAGAGUGUUGAGAAUUAUGAGAUUCUUCUUGACAGUCUCUGGAAACUGCCGGACUGGUCUUACUUGAAGGAUCAAGUGAUCCCCAAGGCCCAGGUAGAGGAAACCCCGAAACUACGGUUAAUUCAGGCGUUCUUUGCUCUUCAUGAUAGAAACACAAAUGGGGUAACAGAUGCUGAGAACAUGGUUGGGAAGGGGGUUGAUCUUGCUUUAGAACAAUGGUGGCAACUCCCUGAAAUGUCAGUUCAUGCAAGGGUUUCCCUCCUACAGCAGUUUCAGCAGCUAGUCGAAGUCCAAGAAUCUGCAAGGGUUCUCAUGGACAUCUCCAAUGGGAACAAGCAACACUCAGGGAAUUCCAUGGUCGGGGCCCAUGGGAGUUUGUAUGCAGAUCUGAAGGAUAUUUUAGAGACAUGGAGGCUUCGAACACCCAAUGAGUGGGACAACAUGUCUGUUUGGUAUGAUCUGCUACAGUGGAGGAAUGAGAUGUACAACGUUGUGAUCGACGCCUUUAAGGAUUUUGGGAGUACGAACCCGCAGCUUCACCACCUAGGGUACCGAGACAAAGCGUGGAAUGUGAACAAGCUUGCUCACAUUGCUCGUAAGCAGGGGCUUUAUGAUGUUUGUGUCACCAUACUUGAGAAGAUGUACGGACAUUCAACAAUGGAGGUUCAGGAGGCAUUUGUUAAGAUAAGCGAACAGGCAAAGGCAUACCUGGAAACUAAGGGCGAGCUCAACACUGGUCUAAAUUUGAUCAAUAGUACUAACUUGGAAUAUUUUCCUCCCAAACAUAAAGCUGAAAUCUUCCGCAUCAAGGGAGAUUUCUUGCUAAAGCUAAAUGAUUCUGAAGGUGCUAAUCUUGCAUAUUCAAAUGCCCUCAGCCUGUUCAAGAAUUUGCCCAAAGGGUGGAUAAGUUGGGGAAGCUAUUGUGAUAUGGCUUACAAAGAAUCUCAUGAUGAGAUUUGGUUAGAGUAUGCUGUAAGCUGCUUCCUUCAAGGUAUCAGAUUUGGUGUGUCCAACUCCCGAAGCCAUCUCGCUCGUGUUCUCUAUCUUCUCAGUUUUGACACUCCCAAUGAGCCUGUGGGUCGGGCAUUUGAUAAGUGUUUGGAUCAAAUUCCGCACUGGGUUUGGCUUUCGUGGAUUCCGCAGCUACUCCUGUCCUUACAGAGGACAGAAGCACCUCAUUGCAAACUCGUUCUACUAAAGAUCGCCACCGUGUACCCUCAGGCUCUUUACUACUGGCUCCGCACAUAUCUGCUUGAACGCCGUGAUGUGGCCAAUAAAUCGGAGCAUGGUAGAAUGGCGAUGGCUCAGCAGAGAAUGCAGCAAAAUAUGCCCGGCCCUGGUGCAGGUUCCCUUGGUCACAGUGGGCCUGCUUUGGCCGCAGACAAUCAAGGCCAUCAAAGUGCACAAUCAUCAAGUGGUGGGAUGGGACCUCAUGACGGUGGAAGUCAUGGACAAGAACCUGAUAGAUCUGCAGUGACGGAUAGCAGCAUCCACAGCGGAAAUGAGCAACAAUCUAUGCAACAAGGCUCUUCAAACAUGGGCGACAGCAGUCAGAAUGCAUUAAGGCGUAAUAGUGCUCUUGGUUUGGUAGCUUCUGCGGCUAGUGCUUUUGAUGCUGCAAAAGAUAUAAUGGAGGCUCUCAGGAGCAAGCACUCAAAUUUGGCUACUGAGCUUGAGAUCCUGCUCACAGAGAUUGGCUCAAGGUUUGUAACUCUGCCCGAGGAGAGGCUGCUUGCAGUGGUCAAUGCCCUCCUCCACCGCUGCUAUAAAUAUCCAACUGCCACCACUGCAGAGGUCCCGCAAUCUCUCAAAAAGGAGCUCUCAGGAGUCUGCAGAGCCUGCUUCUCGGCCGAUGCAGUCAAUAAGCAUGUGGAGUUCGUAAGGGAGUAUAAGCAAGAAUUCGAGCGGGACCUUGACCCAGAGAGCACCACCACCUUCCCUUCCACCCUCUCGGAGCUGACUGAGCGGCUCAAGAACUGGAAAAAUAUUCUACAGAGCAAUGUGGAAGAUAGGUUCCCUGCUGUUCUGAAGUUGGAGGAGGAAAGCAGGGUCCUGCGCGAUUUCCAUGUUGUCGAUGUGGAGGUUCCAGGGCAAUAUUUCACCGACCAGGAAAUUGCACCAGACCACACAGUGAAGUUGGACAGAGUAGGAGCCGAUAUUCCUAUUGUGCGAAGACAUGGAAGCAGCUUCAGGCGACUGACUUUAAUUGGCUCCGAUGGCUCUCAACGCCACUUUAUUGUGCAGACAUCUCUGCCUCCUAAUGCUCGGAGUGAUGAACGUAUUCUUCAGCUAUUCCGAGUCAUGAACCAGAUGUUUGACAAGCACAAAGAGUCGAGAAGGCGGCACUUGUACAUUCACACGCCCAUCAUUAUCCCAGUUUGGUCACAGGUUCGGAUGGUGGAGGACGACCUAAUGUACAGCACGUUCCUUGAGGUGUAUGAGAACCACUGUGCUCGCAAUGACCGGGAGGCUGAUCUUCCAAUCACCUACUUCAAGGAGCAGCUAAAUCAAGCGAUAUCGGGCCAAGUCUCCCCUGAAGCUGUGGUUGAUCUCCGGCUCCAAGCCUACAAUGACAUAACAAAGAACCUUGUGACGGACAAUAUCUUCUCCCAAUACAUGUACAAGACUCUCCACAAUGGGAACCACAUGUGGGCCUUCAAGAAGCAGUUCGCCGUCCAGUUGGCCCUGUCAAGCUUCAUGUCCUUCAUGCUCCAGAUUGGUGGGAGAUCUCCGAACAAGAUCUUGUUUGCGAAGAACACUGGGAAGAUAUUCCAGACGGACUUCCACCCUGCAUAUGAUGCGAAUGGCAUGAUAGAGUUCAACGAGCCUGUUCCCUUCAGACUAACGAGAAAUAUGCAGGCUUUCUUCUCGCACUUUGGUGUAGAAGGCCUCAUCGUCUCCUCAAUGUGUGCGGCAGCCCAGGCUGUGACAUCACCGAAGCAAUACCAGCAUUUGUGGCAUCAACUGGCCAUGUUCUUCCGGGAUGAGCUGCUGUCGUGGUCUUGGAGGAGACCAUUGGGCAUGCCUAUGGCUUCUCUCGCUGGUGGAGGAAGUUUGAAUCCCGCAGACUUCAAGCACAAGAUCACUAACAAUGUUGAGCAUGUGAUUGGCCGCAUAAACAGGAUAUCACCUCAGUUCUACUCCGAAGAGGAUGAGAAUGCCAUGGACCCACCGCAGUCGGUACAGCGGGGUGUGAUGGAAUUGGUAGAAGCAGCAUUGACUCCUCGGAACUUAUGUAUGAUGGACCCGACAUGGCAUCCUUGGUUCUAACUCAGGAGACAGGACUUAUCUAUGAUGGAUCCGACGAGGCAUCCUUGGUUCUAACUUAGGAGAUAGACUGUAGAUUUUCCGAGGGUUAGAGCUUCCAGUAGUAAGUAGGAUAAGUUUGUGUGUGUUUGUGUAUAUCUCUACUGUACAUAUGGUAUGUUUUGUACUUAGAUGGGAUAGUAACUUGUAAUUCAAAAUUCGGAUUCCUUCAUCGAAAGGGAAAACUUUUGGAUAAUUAUACAUUACCAACAGUUAUUAUAAAUUAUGAAAAUAUUAUUGAUA